AUGUUACGGAACCUGUUCCUUGUCGAGAUGCAGUGGCAACAUUUGGCUCUCCUCUCGCUGUUUUGUCAGAUGCUUAUACUGCCGGUAGCUGCGGGGAAAAGAAGUGAGAGCUGGCGACAGGAGUGCAGGAGCUGUCUGGAGUGUUCGAAGGAAAAUGGCUGCCUGCGCUGCUCGGAGCGGCUCUUCCUGUUCCUGAACCGAGAUGGCAUGAGUCACCACGGCUCCUGUCUUCACUCCUGCCCCCCUGGACACUUCGGCCUCCGCGCCAAAGAUCUCAACCGCUGCAUGAAAUGCAAAGCUCCAGAGUGCGAGAGGUGCUUCAACAAGGACUUUUGCACCAAGUGCAAGGGUGGAUUUCUGCUCUUUAAAGGCAAAUGCUUCAAAAGCUGUCCAGAGGGCACAUUUCCUCAGUCCACAGACUGUGUGGAAGGAUGUGUGUUCCGUGUGUUUGGCGUCUGGGGUGAAUGGAGCCCGUGUCAGCACAAUGGCCUGAGCUGUGGCGUCAGAUGGGGGCAGCAGAUCAGGACCCAUGAGCUGUCCAGCAAAACGCCUGAAGAGACAGAAGUGCUAUGUCCACCUCAGACUGAGAGCAGAAAGUGCCGGAUGAAGAAAAGGUGUCCAAAAGAUAAAAGGAAAAAUGAAAGGAUAGAAGAAAGAAGAAAGACACAGAAACAUUUGAAGCUCUCGCCCGUCACAGAACCUCCAUGGGGAAUGUAAAAUUCUGGAACGGAAGACACUUUUAUUCCCUUUCUUAGUAAUAUAUGUAAACAGUUUUUUAUAAACAAAAUAUUUUUGUAUAAAUGUUUUAAUUGUAAUAUUACUUAAAUCAUCAGACAAUCUGAUAUUGCACAACUUUUUUAAUGCAGAUGUAUUUGUUUACAUUAUUACGGCAGAUCCUAACCUGUAUUUAUGCAUUUAUUUUAUUAACAAGUUGGGGAGGGUGGCUUAAACCUGUAUGUGGUUUAACAAAGACUAGAUCCAUGUUGGACUAUGACACUGUACAUUUCCAUCUGAUGAGUAACAGACGAACAGCUUCAUGUGGUUUGAGCUGUAUCUCCACAGAUUUCUGUACAUGCCUCGGGCUGUUCUGUGUUUUCCAACCACAUACUCUCCCUAUAUUUGCACUUCUUUACUAUAAUUGUAUUAGAGAUAAAAAAAGAGAGACAUGGAACAAUGUAAAGUUGUGUAAAGAGAUGCCAAGAUCAUGAACUUGUGCUCCAUUAAUUCAAGGUGCAUUCACGGCAUGUUGUAAUUACGUGAUCUUAGCUUGCAAAAAGCGUCCUCGUAGAGCUCGUAAUUACAACUUGUAAGCUGGGAAUUUCGAAUAGCUCCUACUUGUACCACAUGACCCGCUGGGUCACCUGACUGCUGCUGAUUAAUUUAGCCGUUGAUAUUGCUGCCAAAGAAAUUCAUACUUCCCAUUCUGAUAACGUGAACAGAACGUCACGUUGUCAUCUCAUAGUUGUGGUACGUACGACAUGGCGUGAACGCA